AUGAUAGGUGUAUGUGCGAAAAAGCGGGUGCUAAGAUUUGUAGAAUUUUUUUAAAUAAAUCGAAAUCUUCAAAGUGCUAAAUUUCAGUCGUUAAACAGCAAAUGAAAACACAAAUAAAGGAUUGAAUUAAAUAAAGCAACAUUUUGACUUAAAAAUAUAAAUAAAGUAGAUUUAAAACGAAGUCAACGAGUAACGGGCACUAAAUAUAUUACGAUCACAUACAAAACAGUUAAGCGAAUUAAUUGUGGCAUAAAAGUCGCGCUGAUAUGAUGUAAUCAAAAACUCAAAACACAUUUAAAUCAACAAAACUCAAAAGAACUUAAACUCAACCAGACAACUUUGUGAUUAACACAACAAUAAUAAUAGCAAAAACAACAGCAACAUGCGUCCGAAAAUCGCAGCCUACUUUAUGGGCGCACACCUGUUGCUGCUCGUGCUGCUCACACUAAACACCAGCAGCAGCAACAACAACAGUGCGUACGCGCUCAACACCGCCGAAACGGCUAAUCCGACUUGUUCGCUGAAGGACAAUUGCAAUUUGAAUGACAACUUCCUGACAGCCACCGGCGAGACGGGCGAAAAGGCGGCGAGUAAAUUGGAAAAUAAAAUUGCCUCGAUAUUCGAGGAUAAAGUAAAUUACAGCCUGAAAUUGUUCGCUGAUGAAGAUGUCAUCGAGUACAAUGCGCACGAAAGUAACUUAACGCAACGCGCACAUAUGGCAACGCCAGCAGCAGCGAACUUUACGCUGCGACAGUUGCAGGACGCCGCCGAUGUGGAGGAGGAUGAGCGAGUUUACUUAUACAACAUUGGUCAACGAUUUAUGUCUGUUGCCACGCCUUUUGAUGCUGCACGUAAUCCGAAUGCCUCUCCAAAGUGUCGCAGGCAAAUGCGACGUUUUCUAGACGGCUUGAACAACUUUGAUUUCUGGGCUUUAAAAAUGCAUGACGCCACCGGCAAGAUCACUUCGGGCAUACUCAAUGGCAACAUUAAUCAGCCGGGUGACUUCGAUCAGUGUCUGGGCAUCAGCAGCGCUGCGGACGACGCAGCAGCAGUCGACGAUGAGGCGGAUGCUGAAAUCAAGGGACAGUAUUGUUUGGCGUACGCACAGCCGGUGUUGCCACAUAAUUCGCAACGUUUGCGCGCCUUAUUCAAACUCAUACAAUCGCACGGGCCUUUCAAGAGCGAAUUCAAUGAUCCUGGCCAUCGUGUACCACGCUACUCACUGAUCAACUGGGGUAUUUGUGUGCCGGACGCUUGCAGCUACCAAGACGUGGAGUACACGGUAAAGGAAUACCUGAACAAUUUAACUACUUCCACCGGCAUUUCGUUCCAAGUGCGCGUGGAGCCGAAGCUAUGUCAAGUGCGUGACAACAAGCCAUGGGACCGCAAUACAACAUGGGCCGUGCGCUUCUUUCUCAUUAUACUCUCCAUUACUGUGCUAUCGACCAUUUACGAGCGCUGCACCAAAGCGGAUCAAAAGCCGAAUGAAUGGUUCACCGCCUUCUCUUUGGACAAAAAUCUACGUUGGCUCUUUAGCACCAGCUCCACGCCGAAUGACAUUGAGGCGGUGCAUGGCAUACGCUUUCUAAAUGCGGCAAUGUUGCUCUUCUCACACAAAUCGAUGGCAAUGUUCUUUAAUCCCUAUAAUAAUCGUACGGAAAUGUCGGAGAGCUUGGGCCGCCCUUGGACCGUAAUUGGACGUGCUGCCUCGCUCUACACCGAUCCAUUUCUGCUCUUUAGUGGUAUGUUGACAGCAUACUCACUCUUCGGUCGUCUCUUCAAGGGGCAGCCAGUGCGUUUGCGAAAUGAAUAUGUCAGUCGUUUAAUCCGUAUCGUACCCCCACUAGCCGCGCUCAUACUCUUCUGCACUUUUGUACUACCAUUGUGGGGUUCGGGACCGCAAUGGAACUUAGUCGUUGGACAUCAUGCGGACAUUUGUAAACGAAACUGGUGGCGUAAUCUACUUUUCAUACACAACUACUUUGGUUUCAGUGAAAUGUGUUUGACACACACACAUCACCUGGGUAUUGACACCGAACUCUUUGCCGUCGCGCCUUUAAUGAUACUAGGUCUGUGGAAAUGGCCAAGAAAGGGUUUAUUCACUUUGUUGUUACUUGGCGCUAUUGGAACUGCAGCUCGCUACUACACCACCGUCGUGAAUCAGCUGUCCAAUUACAUAUACUUUGGUACAAAUAUUCAACGCCUCUUCCGCACAGCCGACUACAUGUACUCAUUCCCACCACACCGUUCUACAGUAUAUAUCAUGGGCAUUUUGCUUGGCUAUUGUUUGCGUAAAUACCGUGGCAUACAACUAACGAAAACACAGCUACGCCUUGGCUGGGUAGUGGCCACGGCAUGUGUACUUGUUUCACUAUUGGGACCCGCACCAAUGGGCGACAUCAACUACCAGUACAACACUACACAUGCGGCCAUAUACGCAGCAUUUGCGCCGAUUGCUUGGUGUAUAUUCUUUGCGUGGAUCGUUUUUGUUUCGCAUAAUGGCUAUAAGAACAAAUUCACAGAGAUGCUUUCAUGGAAGGGUUUUCAAGUGUCUACAAAAUUGUCCUACGCCAUUUACCUAACACAAUUCCCGGUAUUUUUCUUUAAUGUUGGCCGUCGGCGUCACAUUCAUCACUACUACAACUUCGUUUCCAUCAUUCUUGAUACCAAUGAAUUUAUUUGCAUAUUCCUCGCGUCGGUUGCGCUCACAAUCUUUUUCGAUGCGCCAUUCCAAAAUAUUAAAAAACUUAUUUUCAAACGCGCGCCGGCUCCGAGCAAAAAACUGGAAAAUGGGCAUGUGAAGACAACACAAAUCAGUAGCGAUGCGAAACAGCCACAAUUAUUAGAAACAUAUCCCACGUCAGAGUCAAACACCACAGCAUCCACAACACUGACCAACAGUUCGACUUCAAAUGGGAAAGUCACACAUGAACACAGCGAAUAGUCAUUAGAUUUUAGUUCAAUAAACUGGUUAAUAUUUUAUUUAGCAUAAAGUUCGUAAUUAAGUCAUUAUUUAAUAAUUAGCGCGAGGUUUAGUCCAUAAGUCUGUGAUGCGUACGCCCUUUACUGCUGUAAAUUACAUACCUUUACCUUCUAUAUACUAUGUACAUAAGUAUGUCAACUUGUCCAACACAAUAAUUUUUAAUUUAUAAAUACGCAUAUUAAACAAAUAUAAUUUAGAAACUUA